UUUAUUGUAAUGUUUUGAUAGCACUUAUCAUAUGAAUGAAUGAAUGAAUGAAUAAAUAAAUAAAUGAUUUAUUGUUAUAAAGUUUUUUUGCGGCAAAACCUAUAGAAAAUACGGUUCAACCAUACAAUAGGGUUAUGAUAUAUCUAGACUAUAACGCUACUACUCCGGUGGACACACAAGUUGUGGACACCAUUACCGACUGUUUGCUCAACGGUUGGACUAAUCCAUCGUCCAGUUAUGCGACCGCUAGCUGUGGCGUCGUCGACGUCAGAGCGCUAAUACGUACGGCCAGAUCACGGGUAGCCGCUAUGAUUAAUGCCGCCGACGGCGAUGAUAUAGUGUUUACGUCCGGCGGUACAGAGGCAAACAAUUGGGUGAUAUACUCAUCGGUCAGAUACUAUGCAAAAGAGUUGACGGUUUCGGGUGAUGACCGCCGCAGACCACACGUGAUUACCACUAAUAUAGAGCACGACUCUAUUUGUGAACCGUUGCGCGCCUUAAUGGACGAUAAUAUUGACUCAUUGGUCGUACGGCCAAUAAACGUAACUUUUGUGGCCGUCUCGACAAAGACCGGUUCGGUCAGCGCUGAAGAUAUUAUGAAUGCCGUACGGCCUGAAACGUGUUUCGUAACGGUAAUGAUGGCCAACAACGAGACUGGAGUUAUACAACCGAUUGCCGACAUUGCCAGACAGUUGAGAAAAUUGAACGCACAAAGAGUGGCCACUGGUUUGCCGAGAAUUCUGUUUCACAGCGACAUUGCUCAAGCCGUCGGCAAAAUUGAAGUCAACGUUUGCGAAUUGGGUGUAGAUUUUGCAACAAUUGUUGGACACAAGUUUUAUGGACCGAAAAUUGGUGCACUUUAUCGGCGAAACAGUGUACCACUGAUGCCUAUGCUAUACGGCGGUGGUCAGGAGUCGGGUCUGAGACCGGGUACCGAAAAUGUACCGAUGAUUGUUGGUCUCGGAAAGGCCUCGGAUUUAGUUGUCAAUAAUCUGGACAAAUAUCGGCAACAUUUUGCCGAAUUACAGACCUAUUUGGAGACACAAUUGCGUAACAGAUUUGGCAAAUUGAUUGUUAUAAACUGCGAUAACUGUCCAAACGGUCGGUUGCCUAACACCACAAGUUUGUCGUUUUGUGAGUCGCAUCCUAUAGCGGGCAAAAUAUUGGCCACAACUACCUCCUUGCGGGCCUCAAUGGGCGCUGCGUGUCAUUCACAUAAUAUGAAAAAAGAAAUUCCUUCAAAAGUUUUGUUGGCAUCGGGUCUAAGCGCUGAGUUAGCUCAGAGAACUAUACGAUUGAGCACCGGUAGACAAACAACCAAAGAUGAUAUUGAUCGGGCUAUUCAUGAUUUGUCUAAUACGAUAAAUAAGUUAUUAUUAAAUGAUAAAUAAAUGUAUUUGAAAUAAAUAAAAUAUUUUUGUUAUAAGUUACUGAUUA